AUGUUGCUUUCAGCUACAGACUCCGAUACAGAAGAAUACCCCCAGAGUCUCCCGAGAGGGGGGGAGGAUGAGAGACUCGAUCAGACGCAUUCAACGACAACGACACGGCUAGUCCAAUCGACAUUGACCGGAACAAAGGCAGAGGUGAAGUGUAGAUGUGGAAAGGUGUGCAAGAACCUUAGAGGCUUGCGUAUUCAUCAAGGGAGAACGGCAUGCGGAAGCACGGCAAGGCAGCGGCAACGCUCAGAUUUUACAUCUGGUGAGACGUUGGAGGAUCCUAGUCAGGACUCAACCCACAGUACUGGGGACCUCUACGCAGCUGAGAAGCCACGCACCAAUUCAGCAGAUCCUGAUAUUGUCUCGCAAGUCAGCGACAUCUUCGAAGAAGAUGACCCUCUUCUAGAGCUUUUAGGUACUCCAGAAGACCUGAGGCCAAACACAGACACACAGCACAACACCCGAAAUACAGCUUCCAAUACUAAUGCCACAGCUCAGAAGGUUAGAAUUACAUGGCCCAAGACAAGUGACAGGAACCUGUGGAAACAGUUUGAUGAAGACCUCAACACCAUCCUGGAAACAACACUCCAAGGGCCAGUAGAGAAGAAACUGAAGUCUCUGACCAACCUUGUCCACUCUAUCGGCAAAGAACGAUUUGGUGAGGUGAAACGGAAACCCACCAGAACCCCUGCACAGCCAAAUAGAAGACAACGACAGAUCACAGAGAUUAGGAAAGAGCUGAAGUCACUGAGGAAAUCCUACCAAAAAGCAAAUAUAGAGGAAAGACCCGGACUUCAGCAGCUUAGAGAUGAACUCAGACAGAAACUGACCGAUCUUCGUAAGGCAGAACAACUCCGAGACAAGCGGAAGAAGCGAGCCAAGAGGCGAGCUGAGUUCAUAGCCAAUCCAUACAAGUUUUCCAAAGGACUCCUAGACAAAGAAAAAUCUGGGAAGCUUGAAAGCAGUAUGGAAGAGAUACAACAGCAUCUAAAGGACACACACUCCGAUCCAGCAAGAGAUAAUCCAUUAGGAAGCUGUCCAAGAAUUGAACCAGUCCCAGAACCCACAAUUCCACUAAACAUAAAAGAACCCACAAUGAAGGAAGUAUCUGAUGUAGUGAAGAAAGCAAGAAGCGGCUCCGCACCAGGACCAAACGGUAUACCCUAUAAAGUAUACAAGAUGUGCCCGAUGCUACUACGAAGACUAUGGACCCUACUUAAGGUGAUAUGGAGGAAAGGAAAAGUCCCAGAUUGUUGGCAACAGGCAGAGGGAAUAUUUACUCCAAAGGAAAAGGGCUCCAAACAUGUGACCGAAUUCCGAACCAUUUCACUGUUGAAUGUGGAGGGGAAAAUAUUCUUCGCUGACCUGGCAAGACGAAUGACCACGUUCCUGACAACCAAUCAGUACAUUGACACAUCAAUCAUCCGUGAAGCAAAGGUGAACGCCAAUGACCUCACAGUCGUCUGGUUAGACCUCGCCAACGCCUAUGGCUCCAUACCACACAAGCUUAUUGAAGAAGCAAUGAAGCACUAUCAUAUCCCAGAGCAUAUACAGGGUAUCAUAAAUGGCUACUUUGAUGGCAUACAGCCUCGAUUCUCAAUCGGUGACCAGACAACGCCAUGGCAGAGGUUAGAGAAGGGGAUAGUAACUGGCUGCACCAUCUCAGUGGUACUAUUCGUGAUGGGCAUGAACUUGAUCAUCAAUGCCGCGAAGAGGGAAACCAGAGGACCAAAAACAGCGUCAGGUAUACACCUCCCAUCCAGCAGGGGGUUCAUGGAUGACCUGACCAUCACUACCACCACACAUGUACAGGCCCGCUGGGUACUAACAGCCCUACAGGACACGGUCACAUGGGCACGAAUGAAGUUCAAACCCAAGAAGUCAAGGAGCCUGAUUAUCAAGAAGGGAAAGGUCACCAAAAGAUUCACUCUACAGGUGCAAGGGGAAGACAUUCCAUCCAUUAUUGACAGUCCAGUCAAGUGCCUCGGCAAGUGGUACGACGCCAGCCUGAAGGACACUAAUAACAUCACUAGAGUCAAAAACCAGCUCCAAGAUGGCCUGAAGCUUAUAGACCAGACAGGACUCCCGGGCAAGUUUGAGGCAUGGCUCUACCAACAUGGGUUACUACCUAGGCUUAUGUGGCCCCUUAUGCUGUACGAGAUAGCUACAACCACUGUAGAAGGAUUCGAGAGAGUGAUCAACCGGCAUCUCCGGAGAUGGCUUGGUGUCCCUCCUAGUUUCACCAGCAUUGGACUGUAUGGCAGAACCAAACAACUUCAACUCCCAAUGACCUCACUAGUUGAAGAGUUCAAGGUUGCCAAAGGAAGACUGGUGGUAACCCUCAAAGAGUCAUCAGAUGACAUGAUAUGGAAGGCAGGCAUCGAGACACGCACAGGGCGAAAGUGGUCAGCAAGCCAGGCAGUCGCUCAGGCAGAAAGCAGGCUACGACACAAAGACAUCGUAGGCACCACAGCUAUAGGAAGACAAGGCCUAGGCAGUUCAAAACCACAACGCUGGAGCACUGCCGGUAAGAAAGAAAGAAGCCAAAUGGUCCAGUAUGAGAUAAGGCUUUCAGAAGAGGAAGACCAAGAGGAAGCGCGCCAGAGCAGUCGGGAUGGGAGAGCAGUGCGCAUGGACACAACGGCAGACCACAGAAAGACACCUGACAUGGGUAGACAUUUGGCACUACGAACCACUACGACUCAAAUUCCUACUGAGAUCCGUAUAUGA